CAAGCCCCGGGACCAAGGGCCUGUCCUGUCGCAAUCUCCGCUGGACGCGGAUCACGUGACCCACCUCCACGUGAUUUAACGGCACGUGACCGCUUUUGCACGUGACCGGAAGUGCGGCGCGCGGACCGGAAGUGAGACGAUGGCUCUGAGAGGGCGGUGGAGUUGGUGUCUGGUUGGCGGCGUCUGUCCGAAAGCUCUCCUGGGAAGCCUCCUGCUCUUGGCUACCUUUGUGAUACCAUGCAGUGCCCAGUGCUAUUUCAUACCCCUGGAGAGAAGUCUAGAUGGCUCUCCAGAUGAAUGCAAAGAUUCUGAUGGAACCACACACUUAAUGAACUCAAAAUGGAUGACGAACAACUGUGUGGAAUGUACUUGCGGUACAGAUGGAAUUUCCUGCUGCAAUAUAGUUUCUAUACCUGUGGAAUAUGACAAAGACAAGUGCCAGUCCUAUUUCCACAAGGAGAAUUGUACCUACAUUGUGGUGGAGCGUGAGAACCCAGGAAAGCCCUGUAAUGUGGAUGUCUGGAUACAGUAACACCUUCUCUGAGUCUGGUGUGCCCCUGCCAGGCCUCCUUCUGUGUUCCCUCAUAAUCUGUAAUUCUACAGCCCUCCCUAGCAUAAAAUCAUAAAUAAUUCUUGAGCAAA